AUGUGUUUGGAAUCGGAAAUUGGUCACGAUUCACGGCAAUUUAUCCUUCUCCCAACACCCUGCACUCACAUCGGCAACAUGUUUCACGAAAGAAGUAAAGGUUGGGGGGGGGUGCAAAAACAAUUUGUUUUUCUUUCCUUUUCUUUUUUCUUUUCCUUCGUUCUUCCUCUUUCACUAUCGUUCGUCCAUCCAUCCGCACGUCCGUCCUUCGGUCCCUACAUUCAUCCCUCCGUCCUUCGGUCCCUCCGUACGUCCAUCCGCCCCUCCAUCUGUCCAUCGGUCCGACCACCGGUCCGUCCGUCCAUCCGUCCCUCCAUUCGUCCAUCGGUCCGACCAUCGGUCCGUCCGUCCAUCUGUCCCUCCAUCCGUCCAUCGGUCCGACCAUCGGUCCGACCGUCCAUCCGUCCCUCCAUCCGUCCAUCGGUCCGACCAUCGGUCCGUCCGUCCAUCUGUCCCUCCAUCCGUCCAUCAGUCCAACCAUCGGUCCGUCUGUCCAUCUGUCCUUCCAUCCGUCCAUCGGUCCGACCAUCGGUCCGAUCAUCGGUCCGUCUGUCCAUCUGUCCUUCCAUCUGUCCCUCCAUCCGUCCAUCGGUCCGACCAUCGGUCCGACCAUCGGUCCGUACGUCCAUCCGUCCCUCCAUCCGUCCAUCGGUCCGACCAUCGGUCCGACCAUCGGUCCAUCUGUCCCCCCAUCCGUCCAUCCACCCGUCCGUCCAUCCGCCUGUUCGUCCAUCUCUCCGUCCCUCCGUCUUCGCUCCGUCCAUCCAUCCCUCUGUCCGCCCAUCCGUGAAGUUGCUUGAUAUUUAA